UCACGCGAACCGGGCAUUCAGAGCGCUUUGAUAAGAUCUUCACUAGCCGAACAGCACUCUGUUUGGAAGUGUGGCUCGGACGCUGUGAGCGAAGGACUGGCUCUCUUCGUUAACGCUGAACAGCGGCUUUUUUGAGGGCCCUCUUGGGGUUCAUCAGUAGUUUCUUUGGAGAUACCCUCGUUCUACAAGCGUCUAUUCCUGUUGACAAGAAACCACGUGCCCAAAAUAGGACUGGGUCGAAGGCUUCCCAGACAAGAUUCACCAUGAGCGCUAAUAUGAACGGCUCGUCACCUGGCAUCGUGCGAGCGAAACGCGCUUAUACCGUGGACGUUGUACCUGUCCAAGGCGACAUGCAGGGCUUUUACAAAGCAGAAAAACACAAGCGAUCUCCGUACAGCAACAUGCUGCGAAGCUUCGCUCUUCAAGCCCGGGCAUGUCGCAUCUGCGGCUGCCUCUUCAUCAAGGACCUUCUCGCGAAGCCCCCAAGGUCACCGAGAAUUGUCUGGCUCCACUGGUACACGCUGUAUGCUGCGGCGUGCUUUGUCUUCUACGUAUGGUUCGAGAUCGACGUCGUGACGCGCAACGCGAUAGAACUUAGUGACACGCACAGAUUCUUCACCAAAUCACUGCUCGUCUUACUGCACGUGGUGGUCAUCGUCAAGGCCAGCAGCAACUUCCUCACCAUGCUGCUGGGCUGUCGCAAGAUGCUCGACUUCUUCGCCAUGGCCGGCAACUUCGAGAGAGAAGUCGACAUCCCUUCCUGCAAGUGCUGCGCCCAGAGGCACUUUUUCUGGCACGACGUCGCCGGUGUUCUGACGCUCACGGUCUACUUCGUCAGCUACACAGUGGCGCUGUUUCACCAGGAGCAGAAGGUGGACGACGACGGAGAGCAGUGGACGAUCCGCGAGAUCGUGGACAGGGUUUGUAGCGUGUUCGCCGCUAUCCUGUUCUUCACCUACGACAGCGUCAACUUCAUCACCCUCAGACACUCGGCCGGAGUCCUGGUGCGGUACAUGAGCCACCUUAAGGAAAACAUGGAGGACUACGUGGGUGACAAAGCAUUGCCCUGCGAGGUGGAGGCGGCAAAAGAGGUGCAGGCGAUGAGACUGCACCUUUGCACGGUACUGGAACUCAAGAACUGCAUCAAUGGCAUCUGGCAAAAAUCGGUGGUGGUGUCCAGCGUCGGACUUUUGCUGGUGACGUGCAUCUCGCUUUACACCAUAAUCACAGAGGGCUUGCAGAGGACUGAGCUGUGGAUCGCCAUGGGCUACGCGGCUUUCAAUUCGUACGAGUUCCUCAGGCUGGCUCAAGUGAGCCAGUCCUUGUCUAACGCUUUCCAAGAGAUCAAGAAUUUGUGCCGAAGAACUCUGACUAUGGAGCGCACAAUUGCCUACAGUCAGCAGGUGCAGUAUUUGCACAACAGUAUAAACCCAGACGACAUUAGCCUGAAUGGAAGCGACUUCUUCAAGAUCAACCUGGCUCUCCUUGUUUCCAUGGCCGGCUCAAUCAUAACGUACACGGUGAUCCUGGUGCAGACGAGUCCAGAUCUUGAGGCUACAACCACUUGCGGACCUGAGACCACAGCUACGACUACCGCAAUUGCUACGACUACCGCACUUGGUACCUAAGCAAUAAGACGAAUAAAAGG